AUGAAGCUUGAGCCACUUGACAAGAAGGCCAUUCAUGAACCUACUGUGGUGUCAAAUGUCUUGAAGGAGUUCAUAGAUGUUAUGUCACCCAAGUUGUCGAAGACUUUGCCACCAUGCAGAAGCGUGGAUCAUCAUAUCGAGCUAGAGCUAAGAGUGAAGUCUCCAGUGAGACCACCCUACCGCAUGCCCCCUCCAGAGUUGGUAGAGCUCAAAAAGCAGUUAGAGUAUCUUAAUAAGUUCAUGGUUGUCUACUUGGACAAUAUCGUCGUCUAUAGCCAAAUGCUCGAGGAGCAUGUCGAGCACCUUCGGACAAUUUUUAAGGUUCUCAGGGAGAACACUUUAUUCAUGAAAAGGGAGAAGUGCUACUUUACUCAAAUGGAUAUAUUAUUCUUGGGGUAUCGAAUCAGUGAUGGUUCCAUUCGGAUGGACAAAUCGAAGGUGCAAGCUGUUGCAGAAUGGCAAACUCCAAAGAAGGUGCCAGAGCUGAGAUCCUACCUUGGUUUCGUCAACUACUAUCGAUGCUUUAUAGUAGGGUAUCCGAAGCAUGCAACUCUACUAACGGAGUUGCUGAAGAAGGAGCAACCUUGGAGGUGGUCUGACAAAUGUGAAGCUGCAUUCCAAGAUCUAAAGGCUACUACUGUGUUGGUAGAACCGGUGCUCAAAUUAUUGGAUUAUGGGGAGCCCUUCGAAGUCUAUAUAGAUACUUCAUACUUUGCUAUUGGGGGAGUACUCAUAUAG